GUAAAAGCGAAAUACGAGAAUAUGCCACCAAUCGAGCAUUUUCAUCGGGACCAUUACGCGCAAUAUUUCCCGGAAGUGCAUCGGGAUGUUCGCCUGCCGAUUACCCGUUUCACAAUCGGUUGGGGUAGCACAAAUACACCGGAACAUUUCGAGGAAUUGAAAGAGCUUUUCAAGGAUUAUCGAUGCAGACCUGUUCCGGAACAUAUGAGAAAGAUGGUGGGAGUGUUUUCUGAUGAUCUUUGGAAUAAAAUUAAAAUAGAUUUUUGGGUAAUUCAAGUUGGUAUCUGUGAAAGAACAAUGAAUUCGCUGGAUGGAUUUGUGAAACUGGUCAUGUCACAUACGGCCUCACAAUUAUGGCGUGAAUUGGCCGAUAUUCAUCGAAAAUCUAUGCACGAUUUGCUGGAGCGCAAUGUGGCGCAUCUGGAUAAUGUACUUGAAACGCUGAGCGUAGACAAAUAUUCCAUUUCGUUCGAACGCACAGUGUCGCAGGUCCAAGUACUGACUCCACUUCUGAACAGCACGGAGAUCUCAUACAUCCCCGAUAUUUAUGUGUUUCUGUUUCGAAAAGUUUACGAGUACUUCGUCAAGAUCAAGAAGAUUCCGGAGCAUAUGGAAGGACCGUACAUGAAUCCGAAAUGGGUUCUACUCUAUUUUUAUUAUGGUGGUUUAAUUUAUGGUGCUCAAAGGCGUUAUGAGGAAGCAUUCGAAAUGAUGCAAAAAGUAUGCAGCGUACCAACAGUUGUCACAAGUUCAAUCCAGGUUCACGCUUAUAAGGUACCAUUUAUGUUCUUAUCGUCCCGGGUUAGUUAG